UCCCAUUUCCAAAAGACUCAUAUCUGUCAAUGGGUUUGCUCUCUGCGUCUUCUUCUUCUUCUUCUUCCUCCUUGCCCUUGUCUGGGUUUCCAAUCUCCACGCAGAGACUUAUUUCUUCUUGGUUGUCUCAGAGAAAAAAAACUAUUCAAAUAUGGGUAUUUGCUGGGCAAAACCUGCUAAGUGUGCUCAUGCUACUUCUAGCCAAUUCUCUGAAGCUACAGGUGCUUCUAGCAAGGGAAAACCUGACUCAACCUCUUCCAACCAGCAAACAACUUCAGGCGGUUCGAACAAAGCUCUUGUGGCACCAGAAGGUGGUACAUUUGUCUCCAACAACCUCAGGUCCUUUAGCUUUAAUGAUCUCAAGAAUGCCACUAAGAACUUCCGCUUAGAGAGUCUUCUUGGUGAGGGAGGGUUUGGGUGUGUCUUUAAAGGAUGGAUCGAUGAGAACACUUAUGCUCCGUGCAAACCAGGAACUGGAAUGGUAGUAGCCAUCAAAAAACUUAAGGCAGAAAGCUUUCAAGGUCACAGGGAAUGGCUUACAGAAGUUAAUUACUUGAGUCAGCUUCGUCAUGAAAAUCUGGUGAGACUCAUUGGGUAUUGUUUGGAGUGUGAGAACAGACUUUUAGUGUAUGAAUUCAUGCCGAAGGGAAGUUUGGAAAACCAUCUAUUUAGAAAAGGUGUUCAGCCUAUAACUUGGGCUACAAGAAUGCGAAUUGCAAUUGAUGUUGCUCGGGGGUUAUCCUUCUUACAUAAUUUAGAUGCCAACAUAAUCUACCGUGAUCUAAAGGCUUCCAACAUUCUACUUGAUUCAGAGUUCAAUGCAAAGCUUUCAGAUUUUGGCUUAGCAAGAGAUGGUCCUACAGGAGAUAACACUCAUGUUUCCACCAGAGUCGUGGGUACUCAGGGUUAUGCUGCACCUGAAUAUAUGGCGACAGGUCACUUGACUCCAAAGAGCGAUGUGUACAGUUUAGGAGUUGUAUUGCUAGAGUUGCUCUCAGGAAGACGAGCAAUGGAUGACGAGAAAGCUGGGUCUGCUGAAGAAACCUUAGUGGACUGGGCAAAGCCAUUCAUAGGUGAUAACAGGCGAGUUAUGAGAAUCAUGGACACGAGGUUGGGGGGUCAGUACUCCAAGAAGGGGGCUCAAGCUGUAGGUGCCCUUGCAUUGCGGUGCCUCUCCACGGAUCCCAAAUAUAGGCCUCCCAUGAUGGAGGUUCUAACCACAUUGGAACAACUACCCACAUCAAAGGAUGUUCCGAGGACUCCACCCCACGCUAAGUUGGAUGAUCCGAGGACCCCACCCCAUGCUAAGUUGGAAGAUUGUGGUAUCAGGAACAUGAAUUACCCUCACAAGACAGCAAGUGCAACCACAAAGUUAUAGGUUGUUUCCUCAUACAAAAACAGUCUCUUCCUGAUACAGAAUUAAGAUUAAACAUAAUUUCUUGCUGUUUUAGUCAUAGCUUGUGUCAAAGAUUAUAGGUUGUGUCAAAUAUUGUAGUGGUUGUCUGUAAAAACCAAACGAAUCUACAACAAGCAAGGUAAGCUCCAGUAAAUAGUUCUGUUCCUCUUUUACUUCUGGAAAUGUGAUGCAAUUGUAUUGAAUCGUAUUUGAUUAAGUUUGUGUUGAACUGCUUCCAAUGAACUCAAUUUCCAAGUAUUGAAAUUUU